AUGACACCUCGCGACCCUAAUACCCUGGCCAAUUACGGCGAUUGGGCGGUGCGCCAUACUACUGUCGACUUCAAGGUUAACUUCGAGAAGCGCCGUCUCGAGGGCUCCGUCCUCCUCGAGCUCGAGUCCCUCACUGAUAGAGGCAGCCGCGAGAUCGUCCUCGACACCAACCGCCUCGCCAUCUCCUCGGUCCGGCUCGACUCGUCCGACUCGGAGUGGGCGGUCAGGGACCGCGUCGAGCCGUUUGGUGCCCCCCUCCACGUCUCUGUGCCAGACGGCGCAUCCCGUGGUGACAUUGUCAAGCUGAAUAUCACCUUGGAGACCACCGAGCACUGCGUCGGCCUGCAAUGGAUGACCCCGGCUCAGACGGGCAACAAGAAGCACCCGUACGUCUACUCGCAAUGCCAAGCCAUCUUGGCUCGAUCCAUCUUCCCGUGUCAGGACACCCCGGACGUCAAGUCGACAUUCACCUUCAACAUCGCCUCGCCGCUUCCGGUAGUCGCUAGCGGGGUGCCCGUGCACACUGAUAUUAAGGGGGGGAGCGACGCCGGCGACAAGCUCUUCCGCUUCGAGCAGAAGGUCCCCAUCCCGUCCUAUCUGUUUGCCCUGGCGUCUGGGGACCUUGCUACCGCGCCCAUCGGGAGGCGGUCUGUGGUCGUGACUGGCCCAGAGGCCCUCGAGGAAGCCAAGUGGGAGCUCGAAGAGGACAUGGACAAGUUCCUCGAGGUGGCCGAGAAGCUGGUCUUCGACUACCAAUGGGGCCAGUACAACGUGCUCGUGUUGCCCCCCAGCUUUGCGUACGGAGGCAUGGAAAACCCGAUCUACACGUUUGCUACGCCUACUAUUCUCAGCGGCGACCGUCAGAACGUCGACGUGAUCGCACAUGAGUUGAGCCAUAGUUGGAGCGGUAACCUCGUGGGUUGCGCUUCUUGGGAACACUUUUGGCUCAACGAAGGAUGGACCACGUAUCUCGAGCGCCGCAUCAACGCCGUCAUCCACGGCGAGCCUCAGUUUGACUUUUCCGCCAUUAUUGGCUGGAAGAGCCUCGAGGACUCGGUUUCGCUCUUUGGGGCCGACCAUGAGUUUACCAAGCUUAUCAUCAGCCACAAGGGGGUGGACCCGGAGGACGCCUUCAGCUCCGUCCCUUACGAGAAGGGUUUCCAUUUCCUCUACUAUCUCGACCGACUUGUUGGGCGAGAACACUUUGACAAAUUCAUCCCUCAUUACUUCCGAACGUGGGCACGCAAAUCACUCGAUUCCUUCGAAUUCAAGCAGACUUUCCUAGACUUCUUCGAGAAGUACGGAAACGCGGAGGUCAACGAGAAGAUAGCCCAGAUCCCUUGGGACGAGAAAUUCUAUAAGCCGGGCCUGCCGCCUAAGCCUAACUUCAACACGGCUUAUGUCGACAGUUGCCUGGAACUAGCUGAGAAAUGGAAGAAUGAGGACUACCAACCCAACCCCAGCGACGUUGAGUCAUUCUCGGCCAAUCAGACGAUCGUCUUUCUGCAAGCCGUGCAGGACUUCUCGUCGCCCUUAAGCGUCGAGCGGGCACACCUCCUCGGCACUACCUACAGCAUCAGCGCCUCGAAGAACGUAGACCUGAAGACGGCAUACUACGUCAUCUCUCUGAGGUCUGGGGAUAGACAGGAAUUUCCUGGCAUAGUUGAACUCCUGAGUUCUAUCGGUCGGAUGAAGUUUGUGAGACCACUGUAUAGGGGGUUAUACAAGGCGGAUAGGAACUUGGCGCUCGAGACAUUCCAGAAAAACAAGGACUUUUACCCCUCUACGACGAAAGGACAGCUAGAGAAGGAUCUGGGCUUGAAGUAA